CUGUGUCAACGUUUGCUACCUUGAGUGUUCUGGUUAUCGGUGCUGCAUAAAACGUUUUCCAAUUUUUAUUGUGUUUUGUCACAAAUUUCGGAUUCAAAAUGGUCCACUACGUAAAAAUGGAAGAUGGUAAAGUUAUGCCAAUUAAGGAAAUGCUUAAAAGUAUCGAACGAUAUAAUCCGGAACAUCUUAAAGUUAUUGAGUCUUACGUAGAAGAGCAAGCCAGGGACAAUCAGUAUGAUUUGGAGGCAAAUUUAGCUUGUCUCAAAUUGUAUCAAUUCAAUCCGCAGAUGAUGAACUUGGAUAUUACGUACACGAUUCUCUUGAAAUCGUUGACCAACUUCCCACACACCGAUUUCGUGUUGUGUAAAUGCUUGCUUCUUCCGGCUCAAAUGAACGAUGACACUGUUAAGGAAAUUAUCUAUUUAGCUGACAUUUUAGAAAAAUGCGAUUUCACUUUAUUCUGGUCGCGCGUUGCCCAGAAUCCUCAAUUCUUCAAAAAGAUAGCCGGAUUCUAUGAUUGUAUCCGGAAGUUUGUUUGUCACGUUGUUGGUAUAACAUUCCAAUCCAUCGAAAAAGAGUAUUUGGUGCGCCUGCUAGGAGAUGUUGAUGAUAACGUUCUUCGUGGUUGGGUGAAGAAAAAUGGGUGGAAAGAUGAUGGACAGUACGUGACUGUCGCUUUGCAGGAAGGAAAUAUUAAAACCAAACACAUUACUGAAAAAAUUGAUUUUGAAAAUUUGGCUCCCCUGAUGGCUAACUGUUUGUAGAUUACAGACGGCAAUAAAUGAAAAAUGGAUGUUCGAAUGAUUUUUUAAUACAAACGCAUAUUAAGUAAUAUUUAAA